AUGGACCGUGAGGGGCCAAGAGGGCCAAGAAGAGGAACGUCUCAGGAAAAUGAACCGUGGAAGAAAGAGACCUUGGAGGAUGAAUUCUCAGGUGUGAGGCUGCAGAAGCUGGAACAACAGCGACAGCUAUUUGAGAAGAAGCAGCGCAGGAAGCGCCAGGAGCCCCUCAUGGUUCAGGCCAAUCCUGACGCUUCCCUGAGGCACCGGCGACCAAGGCGUGGGGACGAUCGCUUCCAGAGUGACAGCAGCUGGGGACUCGGCGGUGGGAGCCCUUUCCUUCAGGAACAGGUAACCUUACAAGUUCAGUGUUCCACCCUUCUCCUGACAUUGGGGUCAGGUCCAGAGCCACCUGCUCUUGCACCAAAGGGCUCUAAAUCUGAAACUUUUUUUUCUCUAGUAUACACUCGGGGCAAUGGCCCUGCUGUCCGCCAUCUAUGCUGGCUCCCAGACAGCUCAGAUUCAGAUGUGGAGGAGGUGACCAUGGAGGACAUCCCGGUCAUCCCCCGACCUCCCAAGACACAUUUGGCAAACCGUCGCCGGGGCUGGUUAGCCUCCCCAGGACCCGGGAUCAAUGAAGAGGAAGAGGUUGAGUCUAAGGAUGCUGCAAUUGAACAAAAGGCGCCCAGUCCGGCCCCAGCCCCUGCAGUGAACUCGGACAGGGUUUAUGGAGACUCGGCAUCCUGCAAGAUGGAAGAAAGCACAGUGAAAAAUAAUAUAGAAACAAGACCACCAGCUUCUGGCAUCGGGGAUGAAGACCUGGAGAAGAAAGAGGCCUCAGAGUCUACAGGGACAAACAAUGACCCAGUGGUGGCCGAGGACUUGCAAGGCAACGGUGACACAAGCAACCACAAUACUUGGAACAUGACCUGUCCCCUGCCCCGAACUCCAGGCCCUCGGCUCGGGGAGGACAUGGAAGCUUAUGUGCUGUUACCUGCACCCCGAGACCACAUGGUGCAGUGCCGCAUCGUGCGAAACAAGCAUGGCGUGGACAAGGGCAUGUUCCCCUCCUACUACCUCUACCUGGAGGCGGAGGACGGUGUGGCACAUUUCCUUCUGGCUGGGCGGAAAAGGAAAAGAAGCAAAACCUCAAAUUAUCUCAUCUCCCUGGACCCCAAAGACAUGUCUCGAAAUGGGAACAACUUUGUAGGCAAAGUUAGAUCUAACGUCUUGGGCACGAAAUUCACCAUCUUUGAUAAUGGGGUGAACCCUGAGCGGAACUACUGGAUCCCAGACAGUGCCCGGAUCAGAGAGGAGCUGGGAGUUGUAUGUUAUGAAACCAAUGUCUUGGGGUUCCGGGGACCUCGGAAAAUGACUGUGAUCCUUCCAGGAAUGGACAGCCGGAAGCAGAGGAUGAGGGUGCAGCCACAAAAUGAUCAGGAUUCGAUAUUGAGUCGCCUACAAAAGGGUGCUAGACACGGGCUGCUCUUACUGCAGAACAAGGCCCCAUCUUGGAGCGACGAGAGUGGCGCCUACGUGCUCAAUUUUCACGGUCGCGUCACUCGGGCUUCGGUCAAGAACUUCCAGAUUGUUCACCCGGAUGAACCGGACCACCUGGUUCUCCAGUUCGGCCGCGUGGCCCCAAACAUAUUCACUAUGGAUUUCCGAUAUCCUCUUUGCCCGCUCCAAGCCUUCGCCAUCUGCUUAUCCAGUUUCGAUGGGAAACUGGCGUGUGAGUAACUGAAUAAAAUACCAUCCCUCACCAGCUCUGUCCUGUGCAUUUGGAGAAAGCUUCACACUAUGCCCCCCCCUUUUUUUUUUUAGUUUUUUGAU